AUGAAGACGUCAACAUCUGAAGAGAAGCACAGGAUACAGUGGACAUCAAGGAUGCAGUUGGACGAUCUAGACUUCGCAGAUGAUCUGGCCCUCCUUUCGCAAACGCAACAACGGAUGCAGGAGAAGACGAACUGUGUGGCAGCAGCCUCAGCAGCAGCAGGUCUCAAUAUACACAAAGGGAAAAGCAGGAUUCUCCGAUACAACACAGCAUGUACCAAUCCAAUCACAAUUGACGGAGAAGAUGUGGAAGAUGUAAAAGCCUUUACAUAUUUGGGCAGCAUCAUUGAUAAACAGGGUGGAUCUGAUGCAGAUGUGAAGGCGCGGAUCGGCAAAGCAAGAGUAGCAUAUUUACAACUGAAUGACGUCUAG